GCGUAUGCUUGAAAUCCAGUGGAUUUCCGACUACAACUCUCCAUUUUUGGAUUUUCCUUAUACUUUAAUCCCCUUCUCUCUAUAUAUAUGGCAGCUUCUUCUUCCAUUCUCAACCCUUGGGCGCCUCCAAACCUUCUACAAACCACACCAGAGGUUCCCUUAUUAAACAAUCCAAUCCCAUUGUGGAAAUUCAAAGAAAAAAAUAAAAAAUAAAAAAAUGGCUCGUUCUUUCUCCAACAUAAAAACUGUCUCUUCCUUCAUCGCCAACCAAAUCUCCGCCGUUGUUACCAGGAGGGGAUACUCUGCUGCGUCGCAGGGGCGGGUUGUCGGGGCUCCGAACGUGGUGGUGAAGAAAGGACCGGUGAAGGUCGGGGAGAGCGCAUGGGUGCCCGACCCGGUGACCGGGUACUACAGGCCUGAAUGCAGUGUCAAGGAGCUUGACCCAGUGGAGCUGAGGGAGAUGAUGAGGAAGAGCAAGAACAACGCUAAGUGAACCGCACCCGCCGUGGAAACGGCCUUUCAAAAUGUGAUCUCAUUCGGCCCGUUACUGGACACGGAUCAUAGAUCAACAAUGCAUAUAAUAUGACCAGAUUUUUUUUGCCGUUUCCUGGUAUUAUUA